AUGGGGCAGCUGUGGCUCUGCGUCCUCACCCUCACAGCACUUUUCGGUCUUGCUGCCCCGCAAGAAAAUGUGACCACCCGGAUCCAGGCUCACCCGCUGGCACCCACCCUAUACCACCAGCUGAUGCUCUCCUGCAAGGUCACGGGGGACCUCGGCCCCCAGGAGUUCCUGUGGGAGAAGGAAGGAAGCCACAACCCCCUGCAGAAAGGCCCCAACAACAUCCUCCUCUUCCCCUCCUUCAACAAGACCCACUUGGGCACCUACAUCUGCACGGCCACCAGCUCCCUGGGCACCGCUGUGGCCACCUACAACCUGUGGAUAAACGACCUGGUGUACAACAUGUUCGUGUUUCCGCAAAAGACCAAAAACUCCCAUGUGCUGGUCAGGGCGAAGCCAGAGCAGCCACUGCAGAACUUCACCGUGUGCCUACAGUCCUACACGGACCUGACCCAGCCCCACAACCUCUUCUCUUAUGCCACCAAGGCGCAGGACAACGAGAUCCUCCUCUUCAAGCCCAAGCCCAGCGAGUACCGGUUCUAUGUGGGGGGCAGGUUUGUGUCCUUCAGCGUUCCCAAGCACAUCACAGCAAGCGAGCACGUCUGCACCAGCUGGGAGUCCACCACUGGCAUCAUGGGCUUUUGGUUCAAUGGGAAGCCCUGGCCCCGCAAGGGGCUGCAGAGGGGCUACACGGUGGGGGCGGAGGCGGCCAUUGUGCUGGGGCAGGAGCAGGAUGCCUUUGGGGGCGGCUUUAAUGCCCAGCAGUCCUUCGUGGGGGAAAUCUCAUCUGUGUACAUGUGGGACACGGGGAUCUCCACCUCGGGCGUGAGGGUGGCCAUGUACAACAUGCUCGACAAAGCCCCCAUAUUCGGCUGGAGAAACUUCCCCUACAAGAUCGUGGGCGAGGUGUACCUGAAGCCUUGA